AUGUCGAAGAAGACGACGAUCCCUGCACUAAGAAGGCUACCGUCCAAGGCCGCCUUUCAGUAUAAGCAAGUGUCGUGCGGCCUGCAGUUCCGGAGACGGCUGUCCAUCGCCGUGGACAAGGGCCGUACGGAGGAAGUGCAGGCCUUGCUUCUAGACGCGCACAAGGUUGGCCUGCAGGGCCCCGAGGUGAGAUGGGCCCGUGAUGUCUUGCUCGCAGCAGAGGCCGCAGAGUUUCGAAAAAAUGCAGUGAGCUUGGUGGAGGAUGCUGUGGAGUCUGGAGACUACUGGAAGCUGCAGGCAGCAAUGCAGGCAGCCGUCGGAUGUGGAUUGGGACCAGAGCAGGCGCCCCGACUAAAGCAGGCGAUGCGAACUCACAAAGCUCGUUCAGAGGCAUCCCGAGAGAUGCGGAAGGCAGCUCAGGUUCGUGACGUCCCUCGCCUGCGCACCGCCAUUGAGGGAGCCCUCAAGGUCCACUUGGAAGAGGAUGUCGUAAAGCGAGCCCGGGCGACGCUUCGAGCCUUGCAGGCCAGGGAAUCUGUCCGCAAAGAGCUCCGUCGCGCGGCAGAAGCGAAGGACAUGCCUCGCCUGAAAGCAGCCAUCACAGCUGCUGAGCAAAGCUUCCAGGAGAAGGUGCCCGACAUGUGCGGAGACGAUCCAAAGGAGAAGCAAGAGUUAGAAGCAGCACGUGCCUGUCUGCGCACGCACGCCAUGACCAGGCUGUCAAGACUGGCAGAUGCUGAAGACAUUGAAAGCCUGGGCAAAGGGCUCCAGGAGCUUUCUGGCCAUGGAGUUCCGCCAGAGGAGUGGCAGCACUUUGAAGAAAGGCACUCUCGGCUGAAGACACGCCAGCGUUGCCAAGACAAAUUGGCACAGGCUACCAAGGCCAGAGACAAGCAGGCUAUCUCGGCUGCUAUGGAGGAUGCCAAGGCCGUGAUCGAGCCAAACUCAGAGGUGAUUGAGAUCGCCCAAAAGACGCUGUCCAUGCUCGAGGCCGAAGAGACCAUGGCAAAGACCCGUUCCGAGGUUGCGGAGGAGUUGGCCCGCGCGGUACAGGGUGAGGACCAGCGGCGUUUGCUAGCUGCACUUACUGCCGCGGAUGCUGCCGGUUUUACAAUUUCUGAGGUUUCAUUUGCGCGUGAGCGAUUGCGACGGCUGCGUGCUCGUGUGGGUGCUGCGCAAGAGCUGCAAGAAGCUGCACAUUCAGCAGACAUGUACAGGCUGCGUGCAGCAAUCACCGCUGCCAAAAGAGCAGAAGUGUUGGAGUCCGAACUCGCAGGUGCCCGAGAAGCCUUGCGAGGCCUCGAGCUGCAGGCUGACGUGAGAAGGAGUAUUGAGGCAGCAGUGACUGCGAAGGAUGUUGAACUGUUGAGGAGAUGCAUCGAGGAUGCAAAGCAAGCAGGGCUGAAUCGGCAGGAGGUUGCCCGAGCACAGAAGCAGCUGCAGAAGCUGGGGCAGUCCAGCGUCGGACGCGAACUUGCGGAGGCACUGCAAACUGGCGAUGCUGUGCGGCUGCGAGCAGCUGCCCGAGCAGCAACAGAUGCGGGGAUGACCGGUGCGGAGGUGGAGUCGGCGUGGCAUCGGCUCCGAGAGCUGGAGUCGCAUAGCUGGCUAAGGCAGCAGCUUGAUGGUGCUCUAGCUGGCAAUGAUGCCGUCAGGUUGCAGGCAGCCAUCAAGCAAGCCGAGCUUGGAGGCCUUGGCCCCACAGAGCUAGCUGCGGCCAAGCGGCAUUUGGACGCAUUGAAUGCGCGUCUUCAUGCGCGUCAGGAGCUACACUUGGCGCGUACAAGUGGGAAUCCAUAUGCGCUGCUCGCUGCAGUACGUCAGGGUCAGGAGGCUGGUCUUCCUCAGCAUGAGCUUGACAUUGCCAGGCGAAAUGCUGAAGCCUUCUCCGGCUUUGACAGCGGACCCGACACUGUGCCGCAGCUGUUAGUACCACCAACACAGCCUCAGGUGCAAUUGACUGCGCCGCGCCUGGAACAACCUCCCACCAUUCUGGGUAGCUUGUACCCUCCACCGACACAGUGUCAAAGCAACGCCUGCUUUGCUGACCCUGGGUGCCAGCUGACUCCCCACGACAUCCAGCAGGGAAUCCAACAGCCGGCACGUCCGGGUGUGCAGCGGCAACAGUCAUGGCCGCCUGUCCAGCCUGUUCCUGAUUCUCCGCUCUCGGUCGGUGUGCUGACCCCCUUUGCCAACUCGCCUGCCAAGCAGGUCCCUGCGCCACAUUGGACUGCCAUAUGA